AUGAUGAUAACUAGAAGAUCUAUUAUUUCAAGACCAACUACAAGACUUCUUGCACGCUUUCAAUCCUCACUUUCCAAAGAAUCAACAUCAACACCAGAUGCAAAAGAUUCAACCCGUUUACAACAAGCACCAAAUCGUGAAACAACAUGGUCAAGAUCUCAAGCAUCAAGAACCGAAGUUUUAAAUCAUGCAAAAUUCAUUCAAAAAGAUUUAAGCAAACAACCACAACCUUAUGCCGCGAUUGAUUUGAUUGCUAAACAACCUGUUAGAUAUAUUCCUGAUAGAAUUGCAACUUGUGCUGGUAAUAAACAAUUAGGUCAAGGUCAUCCAAAAAUUUAUAUUAAUUUGGAUCCUAAAAGACCUGCAACUUGUGGUUAUUGUGGAUUAAGAUUCGCACAGGAGGAGUAUAGAGAAGAGAUUGAAGCAUCAGAUGCUCAUUAG